GACGUCACAGAUCUUAUGACCUCCAUUGCGGACAUAUUGAUAGAACUGCGGAAAAAGUCGUCACAGAUAUCCUGGCAAAAACUGUAAAUAGCAGUGUGAGUACUUGCCACCACCACUUGAAAACUUAUCUUACAGUAUUUUAGAUUUUUCAACUGGAUAGUAUAUCUUAUAAAGAAGACACAUAAUGACUUCAAGAAAGAAGGUCCUCCUUAAAGUUAUCAUACUUGGUGACAGUGGAGUUGGCAAGACUUCACUCAUGAACCAGUAUGUCAACAAAAAGUUUAGCAAUCAGUACAAAGCAACUAUUGGUGCAGAUUUCCUCACAAAAGAAGUCAUGGUUGAUGACAGAUUUGUCACAAUGCAGAUAUGGGACACUGCUGGGCAAGAAAGGUUUCAGAGCUUAGGUGUGGCCUUCUACAGGGGGGCAGACUGCUGUGUACUGGUCUUUGAUGUCACAUCACCCAAUUCUUUCAAAUCACUGGACAGCUGGCGAGAUGAAUUCCUCAUCCAAGCUAGUCCUAGAGACCCUGAACACUUCCCCUUUGUCGUAUUGGGCAACAAGGUUGACUUGGAUAACAGAAUUGUUUCUGCCAAGAGAUCUCAAAGCUGGUGUGACAGCAAAAACAGCAUCCCAUACUUUGAGACCAGUGCAAAGGAAAGCAUCAAUGUUGAACAGGCCUUCCAAACAAUAGCCAAGAAUGCCCUUGCACAAGAACCUGAUGAUUCAACGUACCAGGAUUUCCCCAGCCAGAUCAAACUUGAUAAUGACAACAAGGGAAAAUCAGAAGGAUGUGCAUGCUGAGGAAUGCCUACAUCAUAUGAUUUACCCCAUGUUUUUAUUUUUAUUUCUUUAUUUCUUUGUUCCUGGUAAUUAUUUUUCUAUUUAUUCUUUUAUUCCCUUUUUUGUUCAUUGAAAUGUUUGUUAUUCAAAUUUGGAGAAUAUAAUACAUUUCAUCAAGAAUUAUCCCAGCUGUAAAUAAUAGCUUCCCAUUUAAUAAUUCUUAUGUGUUAGAACUCUGUUUCGCCUUUGUAUUAUCUCAAUUAUCACUUUUUUCACAUUCUUUAUAGCAUACUCAUGCAUCACCUUUUUUCAUUACUUCUCUUUCAUUAGAAUAUGGUGUAUAGCUUUAUUUGGGCUGGUGUAGCAUUAUUUUUACCACAUGAUCUAUGUUUUUAAUCAUGAUGUAAUACUGUAAAUCUACAAAUGGAACCGUUUUCAUAGGCUUGUAGCAUAUAUUGUAUUGUUUUGACAAUGGCACAGUGCUAUAAGUAAUUUCUAUAUCUAGUCUUGUGUUAUCAUUAAAUGAUAAAUUUUAAAUUUCCAAGAAAAUUUAUGCUCACAAAUCUAGAUUUCAAUCUUCAUCUCAAAUCAAUAUUUUGUGUUUUUGUUCAGUAUGUAUGUGUGUGUUGGGAAGCAUAUUUACAGCUGGGGAAAACAUUUACAUGCUUUGCUACAUGUACUAUAGCAUGUAUCAUGUUUGUUUAUUUUACCCCAUUUAUCAUGUCCUUUUGUAUAAUGACAUGUUAUAUUGUAGAAUAUAUGUAUACUCAUAAAUAAUGUUUUUUGGAAAGAAAUCUCAUUCAGUCAGGCGGAAUUGAAAGAAUGAGGGGAAAAUUGUUAUGAAACAGAGCAAAAACAUGGAAAAGAAAAAAAAAUAGUCAAAUUACAUUUAUAUUAUAAUGAGGAAUGUGUUGUGAUACUGUAAUUAAUAUUGAUGAUAGGUUGUACAAAGCACACAUUACAUUAUGUACAUGAAUCAAUAAUGUGUUAAAGUGAAUGACUGCAAAGAAAUGAAUGAACAUUUAUAUCAAAUACAUGUAAGUAUCCUUGUAAAGGUUGUUUGCCAGAGUUAAUUUCCUCUCUUUGUCUGUUCUCUUGUCUGUACUAUGCUAGUGCAGAAAAUAUAAUUGGUGAAGAGAAAAAUUAAAUCUUCUGUAGCAGAAGAUGAAGUGGUAUAUUUUGAAUUAUAAAUACUCCAUUGCUCCCUUUAUGCCUCUUUCAAACACCCCCUUCCUACAAUUAAUGGACGGGGAUCAUACAAGUUAUUUGCAUGUUUAUGCAAUCAUUAGUGAUUAAUAAAAAAAGUGACCCCUGAAAAAAAAUCUAAAUAGAUGUAUGAGACAAUAAAGAACAUACUUCUCGAAACAUGAAUGUAUGUUUCCUCCACCCUAAGAAUUGAAUGUUUUGACUUACACUUCUUGGGUUAUAUUGCAUGUAGUGUAUGGGUAGGUUGGUAAAUACUUAUCACAAUGGGCUAUUCUUUUUAAUAUUAUCUGUUGUGAGUCGGGCCAGUGGCUUUCAUAUUGUUCUGUCUGUAAUUGCAUUUUAGUAUAGGAAGUUCCAUGACAAAAAUCUAAUAUAGACUUUCGGAUAAAAACAGUCAAUAAUAAUAAUAAAUGCAUUUUAUUAGGCUCCAUAUCCAUCUCGUAAAGAGAUGCUCAUUAUAUGAUCAUAGCAUUAACAGUUAAUCAUAUUUGAACUAAAUCCAUCAAUAAUAAGCCCAGUAUCUUAAUAAUAAAAAAAGAAAAUAUUGAAAUGUAUGUUUCAUAUACUUUUGCAGGAGAUUAUGUACAUUGAGGUUUUUUCCAGCCUAGUUCUCUAGCAUCUACAUGUAUAGGCUGUUGUGAGGCAGCCAAUGAUACCAGCUAUUGUAUGGAAAUUUGCACAUGUGUUUUUUUUUUGUCAAAAUAAGACAAACAUGUCUGAAUGUAUAUAAAAGUGAUUUUGAUUGAUAUUUAAACAACAGCAAAAUGAUAGAUAUACAGUGCAUCCCACAAAAAAGGAAACCCAUUUUCAGAGAAAGAUUUCACAAUUAUUAAAUAUGUUUUUACUUUAAAUUUGAUACUCAUGGCAAGAGUGGAAUCUCUUAUCGAAUUUGAAACCACAGCUUAGCAAAUAGUUCACGCAUGGCCAAUUACAAACAAUAAAUAUUGAGGCAUAUCAGUAACGAUUUGUGCAGAAACUCACGUGUGAAUCUGAAUCAACUCUAAUUUCAGUGAUCCGUGAGAGAAUCUUAACAAAGAAUACAAAAGAAAUGCUAAUGAGUCAAUCGUCGAAUAAGCACAUUUUGUCACGAUCCAUUCCUGUCCAAUUUUUAUGUGCAACAUGGUUUUGACAUUAAAAUUUCUAACUCGUUUUGCUCCUUAAUGCAUGAGUGUUCGUGACAUAUUAGGUAUCAAAAUAAAGAGGAAUAAAUAAAUUAUAUGAUACUAUAAAUUAUAUAUUGUAGUUUAUUUUCCUUUGAAGAAAAAAGACAUGGGAAUCCUGGUUUCCUUUUUUCUGGGACACACUGUGUAGUGUUAUAAAAAUUGGAAGUUAUAAAGCUAGAAUAAGAUCAAGACUGAAUACAUCAUGUGUACUCAUUACACUUAAAAUUCCUUUAAAGUGGUUAGACGCACUUCUUUAAUUUCUAUUUCUCUUUUAUUAUUUUAUUUCAUUUUAUUUACAUCUUGACACAGAAUGGGAGAUGUGUAUCGGAAUUGGUACUUGCUUGAUACUUGUAAUUGAGUACAUGUCAACUUGAGAAUAGGUGCAAUACAUGUUCAAGCAGAGGAAACUAAACAGUUCAUAAUCUGUUCUUAAUGAAAGAAUUAUUUUAUCAAUUAUUCAGUUAAUCAAUUUCUAGAUUGUUUCUAAUAGAAUUGAUUUCAGUUCUAUGAUUUAGUAAUAUUUUGGUGUUAUUACGCAGAAGAGUAUGUGAGAUGAAUGUAAUUAUGAGCAAAAAGGGUUUUAUGAAUUAACAUUCCACUUACAAUGUUAAAGUAAAUUUACGAUAUUCAAAAAUUUAAAAAUUAAUGUGUUAUGGAAGGAUUGAUAUUGAAAAUGACCAUUAUAAACAUAACUCUGGAUUCAAUACUGAUCAUGCUAGAAUGUCUUCAAACAUUUAUAUUGAGAGGGAAGAACUGAAAAGUAUGCCCACUUAUAUUUCAGUGGUAAAUUUGAAAAACAUACCAAGUAUGUCUAAUACUGUGAUAGUUUUAAGGGCUUUAGAAUGUACCAAUUUGUAUAAAUACAUGUAUACUAUGCUGUGUACAGAUAAUGUGCUAUAUUAUAUACUUAACAACAAAUGAAGAUUUGAUUGUAAUUUCUAUGUUUGUACUUUUCCUGUGCUUUGGAUUAACUACUUCAAAAUGCUCCAUGUACAGAAAGAUUUCAAUUUAAAUGACACACCUCUAUUUGAUGGAGAGGUUAUGUAGAACAUGACCAUAUCUGGAGGGUGUUUCAUAAAACUGUUCAUAAAGUUAUGCACAACUUUACGCAUGACUGGAACAUGUUCCUAGGUAAUAAUUAAUUACAUAGGGCUAUCACAUAGCACAAGAAAGGAUCACCAGUCAGGCGUAAAAUAAUUUGUAUCUUACAAACAGCUUAAUGAAACACCCACCUGGCACCACAUAAGGCCUAAAGGUUUUCAUGGAGAACAUUACCAACAAAUUGUUGUGUUACUGGAUCAGUGUAAAAUCAUUACAGUGUAAAAUAAAUUACCAUUGAUGUCCCAAGCUGCCCUGACCCUAUUGCCUAUGACGAUAUGAAGUCAACCUUUUGCUUACUUUGUAUUACACAGGGAGGAUGUAUAAAUCUGGAUUAAAUAAAAUUAUGUAAUAGUGAAAAAAA